AUGUACAAAGCUGACGUUAGUUUUUUUCCGGUCUUUCUUUUCUCCGCGAUUUUUGUCAGUUCUACAAUAUCUUUUCAUAUCUAUCUAUCUAUCUAUCUAUCUAUCUAUCUAUCUAUCUAUCUAUCUAUCUAUCUAUCUUGCCUCAUUCUAUUCCGAUCUAUCUAUCUCAGUCUGGUCCUAUCUAUCUAUCUAUCUAUCUAUCUAUCUAUCUAUCUUGCCUCAUUCUCUUCCGAUCUAUCUAUCUCAGUCUGGUCCUAUCUAUCUAUCUAUCUAUCUAUCUAUCUAUCACAUUCUGUUGAUAUCUAUCAUCAUUCUGUUCUAUCUAUAUCUAUCUAUCUAUCUAUCUUGCCUCAUUCUCUUCCGAUCUAUCUAUCUCAGUCUGGUCCUAUCUAUCUAUCUAUCUAUCUAUCUAUCUAUCUAUCUAUCUAUCUAUCACAUUCUGUUGAUAUCUAUCUAUCUAUCUAUCUAUCUAUCUUGCCUCAUUCUAUUCCGAUCUAUCUAUCUCAGUCUGGUCCUAUCUAUCUAUCUAUCUAUCUAUCUAUCUAUCACAUUCUGUUGAUAUCUAUCUAUCUAUCUAUCUAUCUUGCCUCAUUCUAUUCCGAUCUAUCUAUCUAUCUUAGAUAUAUAUCUAAAUAG